AUGGUGCUGGAAUUCAGGAGGAGGAGACAUUUUCCUGUCCUGAAUUUGGGGAAAGCUUUAGAUCUGAAUCAGGCCUUACUGUACAUCAGCAAUCUCACACGGGUGGGAAGCCUCAUUCCUGUUCUGAGUGCGGGAAAUGUUUUCUUCAUAAAUCAGAACUUGUCAUACAUUGCAGAUCUCACACGAGGAAGAAGCCUUAUUCCUGUCCCGAGUGCGGGAAAUGUUUUUCACAAUUGUCCCAUCUUUACAUACAUCAGAGGUCUCACGCAAGGAAAGAGCUGUGUUCCUGUCCUGAGUGUGGGAAAUGUUUUAGAUUUAAGUCAGAACUAUUUCUACAUCAGAGAUCUCACACAGGGGAGAAGCCUUAUUCCUGCCCUGAGUGUGGGAAAUGUUUUUCAGAAAAGUUUAAUCUUGACAGACAUGAGAGGGUUCACACAGGGGAAAAGCCUUAUUUCUGUCCUGAGUGUGGGAAAUGUUUUACUCGAAAAUCAGGACUUGUUCUACAUCAAAGAUCUCACACGGGAGAGAAACCUUAUUCCUGUACUGAGUGUGGGAAAUGUUUUUCAGAGAAGGCCAGGCUUUACAGACAUCAGAGGAUUCACACAGGGGAAAAGCCAUAUUCCUGUCCUGACUGUGGAAAAACGUUUUCACAGGUGUCCCAUCUAUACAAACAUCGGAGGUCUCACAAGGGGAAAAAGCUCUAUUCUUGCCCUGAGUGCGGUAAAUGUUUUUCAAAGAAAUCAGUCCUUCUUGUACAUCACAGAUCUCACACUGGUGAGAAGCAGUGUUUCUGCCACCUUGUUAUACAUCAAAGAUCUCACACGGGGGCGAAGCAGUAUUCCUGCCUUGAGUGCGGGAAAUGUUUUUCAAAGAAGUAUAGCCUUUACAGACAUCAGAGGAUUCACACGGGCGAGAAACCAUAUUCUUGUCCCGAAUGCAGGAAAUGUUUUUCGCAUAAGUCAGACCUUAUUCGACAUCAAAGAUCUCACACAGGAGAGAAGCCGUAUUCCUGUAAUGAGUGCGGGAAAUGUUUUUCACGGAAAUCGGUCCUCCUUAUGCAUCAAACAUCUCACGCAAUUGAGAAGCCAUAUUGCUGGUCCAAGUGCGGGAAAUGUUUUUUUACAGAAAUCAGACCUUGUUAUACAUGAAAUAUCUUUCUUGGGGAGAAGCCAUAUUCCUGUCCCAAGUGUAGAAAUCAGACUUUGUUAUACAGUACAUCAAAGAUCUCACAGGGGGGAAGCCAUGUUUCUGCCCUGA